AUGGCUACCACUGACGGCACCUCCCGUCUCAUCGCCGUCGUCGGCGCCACAGGCAACCAGGGCGGCUCCGUUGCCCGCCGCUUUCUUGCUGCCAACUUCCGCGUCCGCGCCAUCACUCGCAACCCCUCUUCGCCUGCUGCUCUCGCCCUCGCCAAGGAGGGCGCCGAGGUCGUGGCCGCCGACCUCGACGACGCCGUUGCUCUCGCCGCCGCUCUCCAAGGCGCCAACCUCAUCUUCUCCGUCACCAACUACUGGGAGCCGUUCUUCCGCCCAGACUGCCGCGCCGCCGCCGACAAGCAGGGCAUCACCUGCCGCCGCUUCGCCUACGACGUCGAAGUGCGCCAGGGCAAGAACAUUGCCGACGCGGCCGCCAAGACCGUCGACACGCUGGUCGAGAAUGGCUUUCUCGUCUCGACGCUGAGCCACGCGGGUCGCUGCAGUCAGGGCAAGUACAAAGACCUGUACCACUUCGAUUCCAAGGCCGACGUCUUCCCCGCCUACGUCGACGAAAAGUACCCGGCGUUGGCGGCCAAGAUGUCGUGCAUCCACACGGGCUUCUUCUACACGAGCCAUCGCAUCCUGCCCAACUCGUACUUUGGCAAGCGCCCUGAUGGCACGUUCCAAAUGUCCUUCACCACGGCGCCUGACCGUGUGGCCCCUCACUUUGACCCGGUUGCCGACAUGGGCUCCUUCACCUUUGCCGUGUCUCAGAUGCCGCCUGGCAAGGCCUACAUGGCCGAGGGAACCACGUGCAGCUGGACCGAGUGGAUCCAAACUUGGGGAAAACUGACUGGUCAACCCGUCGCUUACAACCAGGUCACAUUUGACGAAAUGGUGGCUGCUACGGGAGAAGAGGCUACCGGCAUUGAGGUCGCAUUGAUGUUUGAAUACACCACCGAUCCAGGCUAUGAUGGUGGUAUGGAUCUGCUGCGGGCGGAGGAUAUUAGAAAGGCUGGUAUCGAUUGUCCGAUGACAAGUCUCGAGGAGUGGGUUAAGAACCAGGACUGGACCGAUAUCAUUAACAAAUGA